UCUUCGUGGUACAUAUCACUUUUACUGAGCGUACGGACCCAAAUCCGUCUGGACAACCAGGAUCAGGCACUUUGCGUUGAUAUUAAGUUAAAUUACGCUGAUUUUUAAGAGAUCAUUUGAAACAACACUGUUUUGGCAAAUCGCCGUACAGCAUCCAGACACAACAGGCACCACGGAUCACCCCAGAAUGCCAAACAUAAAGAUUUUUAGCGGCAGUUCUCAUCCGGAUCUGUCGCAGAAGAUCGCGGACCGACUGGGACUCGAGCUGGGAAAAGUCGUCACUAAAAAAUUUAGUAACCAAGAGACCUGUGUAGAGAUUGGCGAAAGUGUUCGUGGAGAAGAUGUCUACAUUGUCCAAAGUGGCUGUGGGGAGAUUAAUGACAAUCUCAUGGAGCUACUGAUCAUGAUCAACGCGUGUAAGAUUGCAUCCUCGUCCAGAGUCACAGCUGUCAUUCCCUGCUUCCCCUAUGCUCGGCAGGACAAGAAGGACAAGGUGGGGAGUCGAGCUCCGAUCUCAGCCAAGCUUGUUGCCAACAUGCUGUCUGUAGCUGGAGCCGACCACAUCAUCACCAUGGACCUGCAUGCCUCUCAAAUACAGGGGUUUUUUGAUAUCCCUGUUGAUAACCUGUAUGCUGAGCCUGCAGUCCUCAAAUGGAUAAAAGAAAAUAUCAAUGAAUGGAAGAAUUGCACCAUUGUUUCUCCUGAUGCUGGUGGAGCCAAGAGAGUGACGUCCAUCGCAGAUCGGUUGAAUGUGGACUUUGCUCUAAUCCAUAAGGAGCGGAAGAAAGCAAAUGAGGUAGAUCGAAUGGUGCUGGUUGGGGAUGUGAAGGACCGUGUGGCCAUUUUAGUAGAUGACAUGGCGGACACAUGUGGGACAAUAUGUCAUGCGGCUGACAAACUGGUGUCUGCAGGAGCCACAAAAGUGUAUGCUAUUUUGACUCAUGGUAUCUUCUCUGGGCCUGCCAUUUCUCGGAUCAACAAUGCCAACUUUGAGGCCGUCGUUGUCACCAACACAAUUCCACAGGAGGACAAAAUCAAACAGUGCAGUAAAAUUCAGGUGAUCGACAUUUCUAUGAUCCUGGCGGAAGCAAUUAGAAGGACGCAUAAUGGGGAAUCCGUGUCUUAUCUGUUUAGCCACGUGCCCUUAUAACUCGCAUAUACAUGUGCCAUCGCUUCACAUGCACAAACACACUUUUGAGGGAGAGUUAUCGCCGGGCCCAUUUUAAACCAUGUUCCUUUGUAAGACUUGCAGACACAUCAUUGAAUUUAAAUGCUUGUUCCCGAGCAGUGAAAUGAAGAACCCUCUCUGUGGUUACAUGCAGGUCCUCGAUGUUGCAUGUGCUAUCUCACCAUUUUUACAAAAUAUUGUUCAUCUAACAGCUCAAUACUCCCUCUAUAUCAUACACUCCAUUCAGUGUAACACUGCACUUAGUGGGUUUUAUGCUGCCACACUGGAAUAUACAAAGUAACCGGCAUGUUAGACUGAAUAUCAUUUUGAACAUCGCUUUGUGUCUUGUCUGCCUCUGUAACCAAAAAUUUGAAAAAAUACCUGCUGAUACUGGGAAAAUCUCCAAUUUUACUUUUUCCCCACCUGCUCUGAAUGUGUGCAACAUAAAGGUACGAUGUAAGUUGAUACAUUUUGUAAAACUGUUAUUAUAGUGUGGCUAGCUGAUAGAAUAGGAUGUAAUAGAAUAAAAAUGGGUUACACUUGUUUAAAAUGCCAUUGAUAUGGCAGCUGGAAUAUCUGGAUACCCUUUGGUAUCUGUGCUUAUUUCCUCGUCUCAGGUUCAUUUUUAGAUUACUUGUUUGCUUUAAUAGUUAUCAUCUCUUCAGGUUCUUUUGAAAGAAUGAAAGCCCUAGAUCAUUGUUAUUUUUCCUUUCUUUUAAACAAGUAAUGUUUAUGUUUACAGUCAGGCAGUGUUUUUGAUUGCUUGAAGACAGAUCUGCUCUGAAGUGCCCUUUGGUUUUCAGCACACACACACACAUGCCAUGCUCUUACACACACACUGAAGUAAUAUUAAGUGGCUAUUGUGGUAUGGGCACGAUCAGUAAACUGUUAAGCCAUAUAUUUGCCAUUUCAUGCAUAUAUCUGUGUGGGUCAGUCAGUAUGAUAGGUCUUGGAAUAUGUUUCAUAUCCAUUAUACUUUAGCGAGAUUAAAGAAAAUAUAUUUAACUAGUUACAAGACUGAAAGCUUUCACUGAAAUGAUCUCAUCUCUGUAGGUUCAAUAAGAUGACAGAGCCUGAUUUGUUUGGUCAGCGCCAUUUGCCUUAACAAAUGAGAAAAGCUGUAUCUUGUUUGAAUGCAGAAUGACAAGUAAAACUUUUCAGAUACUGCAAACUG